CAGAGUCGACGACGAGCUGUUCGGGAGCAAAGAUGCGCAGCUGAUUUCUUCGCUCGGGAUCUGUGAGGGGCUUCCUGAAAUGCUACUCAGGAUUUUCGGAAUCUCGGAGGUGGUGUUGUCAACUAUGUAGCAGCUGAACAAUGAACGCAGCGAUCUCUCUCAUUGCGCGCAAGCAUGGAGAGUUGCAAUGCAGAAGCGUGUUGUUUGGUAGAUCCAUGUGCGUUGAUUGAGUUGCCUCUUGAUUUGCUGAAACAGAUUACAUCACGACUUGAUUGCCUAGCAGCAAUUGCUCUCGCUGCUAGCAGCAAGCGGUUCCUGUCUUUGGAGGCUGACCAACAGAAUGGACCACAAACAUGCCGAUACUCUCCAGUUUCUACUGAACAUUAUUCCCCUUGUGGUCAGGAGCUUCGCUGGUGUAGCAAACGGCAGACCAUUUUGGACAAAAGACCGCCAAUGAUAAACAAGCUCGGGCUGACUGUGAGGCUCCUGCAGUCCUCAAUGUUCCCAGGGGGCUUGCGAGUUCUGCAGCUCAGAGGAGAGCAGACAAAAAGCGGCUUCAAUUGCUUCAGAGGAGCUGGAGGCAGGAUAUGGCGACAGGUCUCCCUUUCAAACUGCAGCGGUGUUACUGACGGCGCCCUUCUCAGCCUUGGCUCUAUGAUGUACAGCGUUGAAAGAAGUAUUUCUGUUUCAGAUUGCGCUGACUGCUCAGGAGCAUUCUUCUAUUCUCCAUCUUCGAGUUUUCGUGAUUGGGGAGCGGUCGUACUGGAACGAUGUGAAGGAGUUGCGUGGAAGAAACUGCUGCCACAGCUCAGCCAAGCAAAAAAAGUGGUUCUUUUCGAGUGCACCUUUGAUGUGACGGGGGACGGCUUGGACAUAGACUUUGAAAGGAGGAUCUUUGAAAUCAGCAGCAACAAGAAGCACCUGGAGGUUCUCUGCAUCAAAGCUUGCAAGACCCUGUCGGCCAAACACUUCGCGGAACUUGGCACAUGGUCCUGCCAUUUCAGGGGCCUUCGACAUCUGGACUUGAGUUGGAACGCAGGUCUCACCUCAAUUACUUUGCUAAGCAUUGUUCAGGCCGCACCAGUGCUACAAGAGCUUCACAUCAAUGGCUGCCACGCACUAGAGGUCAGAGUCUUCCUCAAUCUUCCAGCUGGCUUGAAAAAGCUUUAUGCAACGUGGAUCCCAGGCCUCAAAUCUGCGUCGGUAGUGCGCAGCUUGCUCGAAAAGUUGAAGCAGUUGGUUCAUCUCGAUGUAUCCUUUAGUGUGCCGUCAACAGCAGGGUACGAGAUCUUAGCACAGGAUGCCGGGCAUCUAAGGGCUCGUUGGGUAUGCAAGAAUAAUGUGUUCACCCGGAGGAGUCUGCAAACGUAAGGGAGCAGCUCAUACGCGUGGAGCAAUACCACCUUUCAAGAUUGGGCUGUCAUCCCGAUUCCGAACUUCGGAAAGCAGUGCGAGUGACUUCGAUAAAGAGAUCCAAAGCUUGUUCGUUCAAGCUCCGAGACAGCCGACUGGAUAUUUUCUCGGUGUGCAAUUCUCCGAGCAUGUAUACUGCCACACAUACCGGCG